ACAUACAUCGUAGCAAUGAUGAAAAGCAGCCUGUUUCUUGUCGAACUGAUUGUUUGGUUCUUGGUUCUGGGAAAUGUGUUAUCCAAUGAGUAUACUACUUUCAACAAACUCGUAUUGCCCCCAAAUGUCACAGGUCCUGCAUCCGCUGCCUUAGACCGUGGAGGUAAAGGUCCCUACGUGGCAGUCGCAGAUGGUAGAAUCCUAAAAUGGCAAGGCCCCACAACCGGCUUCCUUGAUUUUGCCUACACUUCACCUAACAGGACGAAGAAAUUGUGUGAUGGAACAAACGAUCUGAAAUUAGGAGCAAUAUGUGGGAGACCAGUGGCUCUUAGCUUCAACUAUAAAACGAGUGAUCUUUAUAUCACCGAUGCUUUUUUUGGUCUCCUUGUUGUGGGAUUCAAUGGUGGCCUUGCAACUCAGCUUUCCAGUGGUUUCAAGUACCUUUCUGGUAUCGAUGUUGAAUCAUACACAGGAAAUGUUUAUGUUGUUGACGCUAGCUUGACUUACAACAUAAGUAGAGAAACAAGUUCAACAGUCCCCGAUGUUGAGGGAACCUCAUGGGUUAAGGGUGAAAGGGUCUGCAACAGUUAUCCAAACGGUGCUUCUUCCCCAUUUCUUUAACAUGGCUAUUGAUGUGGUUCAGGAGAGCAAUGAUGCACUAUAUGUGGGUUCGAGUGACACUGGUUUUGUUGGUGUUUACACAAACUAGAGUCUUGUUACUAGGCAUGGUUGGCAAGAACUCAUUGUACUAGUUUAUUUGUGAUUGUGAUGAAUAUGUUUGGUUCCAGAAUACCUGCAACAAAUAUUUUAGCUAGAUCAAUUAAGAUUUCUAAUUAAAAAAAAAUAAAUAAAUAAGAUUUCUAAUUCAUGAAAUGCAUUUUUUCCAUCAUACAAGCGUUAAAAAUAUACACAAUUUUAGAUUGCAAAUAUAAGAAAUUAACACCAACGUUUUAAUAGGGGUUGAAGUAAAAAAAAUUUCAUAUAAAUCUAAAUUACUAGUGUCAUUCGUAUUUUAAGUCGGUGUAUCUAAUAAAAAAAACAUUAAAAGAAAAGUUACACUAUGUGUCAGAAUAGGGACAGUGGCCCGGGACCCCGGCUCGGGCUCCACUAAGAUCCACCACUGUAAGAAAUCCAUGGAUAUUUUCCAAAUAAACGUGCAACAAUAACUUAAAGAAGUCACUACUAGAAAACUGUUUCAAUAGCUACAGCAUAAUCCAUAGCUAUAAGCGGAUAAGCACAAUCCGUAGCUAUAAGCGGAUAACUACGGAAUUGCUACGGAAAAAUGUUUGUAGCAUAAUCGCUCGUGGCUAAAUUAUAGCUACGGAAUCGCUAUGGAAUUUUCCGUAGCUACAAUAGCUACAAAAUAGCUACGGAAAUAAAUAGCUACGGUUUUCCUACGGAAUAGCUACAGAAGUGGAUAGCUACGGAAUAGCUACGUUUUUUGUAGUUAAUCCGUAGCUAAUU